AUGAACGACAGCGACAACUACUUUUCAGACACCCACCACGCUGAGAGUUCCCGUCAUGCUGCAAGAGGGUCUGGGCUGAAGUUGGUCCUUCCACCUCUUAGUGCCGUUCAGGCACUGAAGGGGAAAAAGCGCAAGUUUCUGGCGACAGAUGAAGUCGUCAAGAAGAUUCCUAGGCCCCUCAAGCUAAAGCCUCUGCGCGAAGUGCUCGCCAAACUAAUCGCACAGAUCAAGAAGAAGGACGACUAUGCUUUUUUUCUCAAGCCCGUGGAUGUAUCGCAAGUCACUGGAUAUACUGAUGUCGUCAAACGACCUAUGGAUCUUGGGACAAUGACCACGAAGGUGAACAAGGGAAAGUAUCACUCGCUUGAAGAGUUUGCCGCCGAUUUACGCCUGGUGACAAUGAAUGCGAAGACGUUCAACCCUCGAGGUUCAAUCUACUAUACCGAGGCUGACCGUAUCGAGGCAUAUGCGCUCGAUCAUAUUACCAAGGCAGCAGCCAGCGUUAUCGAGUACGAGACCGAUUGGAAUAUAGAAAUAGAACGCGAUGACGAGUCCUUGGCUGGCGGUGAUGAUGAGGACGGAGCCGGUGAAAAGGGUACGCCGAUGGACGUUGACGAAAGCACGCGUGCUCGGUCCCCCUCUGCAGGCUCUACGCAGGCUCAGACACAAAUACCGAUACAUUCUCAUGGGAGGCGCACCGGGAGAGGUGGGCCUGCAAGCGCAAAGAAACCCCCUGGGGCACUGUCAGAAACUGUAGAGGCAGAUGGGGGUCUUCCAGGAGCGAAGGAUGGGUUGGGUGUAUUUCCGCCUGGAUCAGACUGGGCAGCUCUCAUGUUGGCUCUGAAGCUUAAAGGUAAGCGGUAUCGCACGAAGAAGGAGCGGUUGCGUAUGGAGAAGGGUGGGCCCCCUUAUGCUGCAGAUGGCAGUUUGGACUACGCACAAAUGGAGUCACCAUUCUCCGUACUCUCGUACUUUGUUCCUGACCCGCCAACCCGACCUCUUCUCGCGCCCCUGUACCCCUCCCAAUUGUCUGUUCCCGCUCCGGUCAACAUACAUCCCCCUACGUCCAUCCCAUAUCUGCCAUCUCUCGCGACUUCGAGUGCCACCAGGAAAACCGGGCGGCCAAAGUUCAAACGGCGGCAUUGGACUAUCAUCAGAAACGUUCCGUCACGAGGACGCGGGAAGGAUAAGGACGAAGAAGAAAUCGAAGUGCCGUGGAGGCAGCCGCGUGAAAUUACCGCAGCAGAUUUCGGCGCAUACACUACCAUGGCGACAGAUCUCGCAGUGGAGAGCGGCAUGAAAGAAUCUGGAGCUGAGAUGAGGUCGGAAGGUGAACUCUUUGAGACGAUAAGGGGGAGUGUUGAAUGUACCUCUGCGCGGUAUUCUCACCAGCAACCAUCGUCAAAACGGAACAUCGAGAUACAGGAUGAAGGAUCCGAAGACGGGUAUUGGCGGGCGAAGGCGAAGGAGGCCGAGGAGUACGUGCGGGAUGUCGUAUAUGGCGGGGUAGACGGAUUGGCGUAUGUACGCAGCCUCGCGGAAUUUGUCAGUCAGGCUGACGCAUCGAACGAUGUCGGUGAGCCUCCGACCUACCAAGCUUUGGGUGCGCCUCUCGCCCACUGGGUAGAACAUAUAUUGGUGGAUGCUCUCACUUCUGGCCGCCAUCGCAUCCUGUGCGACGCUGCCCGACGCAUGCAGGAUCCACGGUACUCUGUCGACACCUCUACUGUUGCCCAACUUGACCUGUCGCAGAAUGUGUACCCCCAUGCAGCCCAACAAUUAUCUACUCUAGUUGAAGUUGCGCGUCGACCCAUUGACAUGGCUGCUCUCAUACAGGCGCCCGAUGAACUCUUUCUCGCUGAAGACGAGUGGGCUGGGGCCAAAUUCAUGGAGGAUCAGCGGCGAGUGCUAGAGGAGGCCCGCGAAAGGGCUCUCGCAGAGGCGCCUGACAAGAGUGCCGCGGAGUAUCUCAAGUUUGCUGUGGACGCGCAUCGGGACGUUGAAGCGGUGGCUAGUGCUGUGCAGGAAGGUCCAGAGUUACUGCAGCAUGUGCUGAACUAUGCGGCAGACGCUAUCAUCGACAUAAACGGCAGAGGACAGACCGACGUAGGAAAGGAGAGAAUCGAGAGGAGCGAAGAUUGUAAAGGAGAACAGGAGCGGUCAAUGAGGAAGUUACGACUGAACUUACUGGCUCUGGCAAAGAGGGCGCCAUUGGACCAGAUCACCAAGCUGCCGUCGGACUUGGUACCAGAGUACCUUCGGAAUGUUGUACCCACCACUGGCUCGUGA